UCGAAGGAAGGGAAUAAAACUUUUCCAGAAGAGACGGACAGCUGAAGCUCACCUCCGCAUGCCAUUUUUUCAGUAUAACACAUACUCGUUUAAAAUACCUAUUUCAACCAAGUCUUUGAAAAUCUGUAAUAUUUCUAUACUAGUGUUCAAUUUAAUUGGUUUGGAAAGACUUGCUAUUAUUUACACCAUAUUUCAGCGAAGUCGAAAGCUUGCCAAAUUGCCAACAGACCACGGUCCCCAUCUUCCGCAUUUUUAGGUUUAUUCUCUUUCGACCUAAUCGAACAAUUUCCACACCGACCGUCGUUUCUGCUUACCAGUGAGACCGAAAAACUAUUUCAUGUUGCUGUCAGGAAAGCUAUAAUAAUGAAAGCAUGUUGCAGCUACACAGCAGCACAGCAUUUAUGCGGAAAUGGUGAAAACAGAAAACAAAGUGUUUGACUGAGAAACCAGUCAACUGACAAAGAUCCAAAGGAUUUCAGUAAGGCUGAACAAGUCCAAAUGGAGAAUGAAGAGGAAGGCAAACCAACUGACCUGCCAGAUGAGAUUAAGGAUUGGAAUAAACAUCACGUGAAACAAUGGGCUCUCAACAAGGCUUGUGUGGAUGGUGAAUCUGCAAAUAUCUUGCUUCAGCAGAACAUUAAUGGGCCCAGUCUUUUACUUUUAGAAAAAUCUGAUUUACUAGAGGUGGGUGUCACACUGGGGCCUGCAAAGUUGAUCAUUCACAAGAGGGAUGAACAUUUGAAAUUUAAGAAAGAGCAGUUGAGUAGCCCAACAACAAAUCAGUCUGGGAGACCGUGCAAGCCGUACCCUUUUCAUCGACACCAUGAUGCCUGCAGAUACAAGGCGAACAGCGUUCUUGAUGUAACAGAAUCCGGUGCAUCAGACUAUAUCGAACCCUGUCAUGAAUAUAAAGGAUACAUCCAUAUGUCAGAGGCAGCUGUGGAGAGCAAAAUGAAAAAGUUCACUGAUGAGGUUAUUCGAUUUGCAGCAGCCUGCAUGAAUAGCCGCACUAAUGGCACCAUACAUUUUGGAAUUGGUGACAAGCCAGACUUUGUUCAUGGGCAAGUUUUGGGAGUUAGCGUCCCGGACAAAGAGGCAUAUGUCAAUGCUCUGCCACAAGCCAUUGAGGGUCAUUUUGAGUAUAGACAUAUCCAGACAGCCAAGAUGUGCAUCAAACCACCUCGAUUUGUUGAGGUUCUCAAUCCUGAUAUGACAUCCUCAGAGAAGUAUGUGAUAGAAGUGGACAUCGUGCCAGACUUUGUGAUCUGUCAAGAGAACUUCUAUCACGUUUUCCUCUUGAAUACAAGGAAAUCAAAGAGGAAGUCCAAAAGCAAAGAAACAGAGAAAAAACUCUUCUUCAUUCGUGAUCACAGCAGCAGCAGGGAUCUCCUUGCACUAACCACUUUUGCCAAGCCAAAGGAAGAAUACAAUAGGUUUCUUGACGAUGUGCCACAGCUGUCACUGCUAAGAAAACAAGCGGAGGAAAAUCGCCUUAGUGUGGUUAAAAGUAGUGUCCAGGGCUCCAGACUAAGUGAAAUGAUAACAGGUGGAUCCCAAUCCUUAGACAAGUCCCACUUCGAGCGGUAUUUGAUAGUGACAAACAAAUCACACUUCGUUCAAUUGGAAUCCCUGGGAUUUAUUCCUGAACUAAACCCAACUGCUGUUUUGGACUUUGACCCUGAGUCGGCAAAACAUGGAUUGAUUAAGCACUUUGAAGACCAGAGUACAAUAAAUAUCCACUUGCCAGUACAAUAUAAAAUCACAGAGGCUGUUGAGGACAUUGCUAGCAAGCUAAAACUGACUCGAAACACCAGCUGGAUCCUCUGCAAUGGGGCUAUCGAAAUAGAGAGACCCUCAGAUGUAGAUGACUGGUUAAUAGAGAAAGGAGCGUCUGUACGAAAUGUGAUUUCAUUUCUGUGUCGGAGAGAUGUGCUACCACACAAGAGAUUCCUGGUUAUUUUUAUAUUGCUGUCUACUGUGAAUGAGAAAAUGGACCCUCUGCUUGAGACCUUCAGCACAUUCUGGCAGGAGCUCAGAGGAACAGAGCAAAUACUUUGCAUCUGUGAAAAUGAAGAAGCAUUCACCUGCUGGAGGGACCUGAUUGAAUCCCGCUAUGGAUUAGACAUUAAAGCAAGAUCAAUCUAUGAGCUCAGUUUUGCUGAAGUUAACGGCACCGUCCUCAGCCUGUGGUCAGACAACCGGAAAUCCAGCCGUUUCCUACCCUGUGGAGGAGGCAGCAAAGUGAUGUUAACAAAGAAAGAAGAGGGCAGCCUAGACAUCCUGAAUGUUCUGUGUGUGAAUCAGUGUGAGGGAGGAAAUGAAGACAAGGCCAUCAUACAGGAGAAGUUCUACAAAGGAGGAAAGGUGUUAUGGUGGAACUUCUAUUUCUCUGAGCAGCCAGGAUCCAUGCCAUUCAUCAAACGGGACAAGUUUGACUUCAUCAUGAACACUGUCCUACCAGCUUUGAGCUCUUUGAGAAAAGCUUGUGUGUCCUUCAAACUUUUGCAUGUCCCAGGAUGUGGUGGAACUACACUAGCCAUGCAUAUAUUAUGGGCACUGAAAGACAAGUUCCGUUGUGCUGUUCUGAGGGACAGAACCGCGGAUCAUGUUGUUGUUGCCGAGCAGGUGGUCAAGCUACUGAUGUAUGAGACAACAGAACAAUCGUCCCGGAUUCCUGUGUUGCUCAUGCUAGAUGACUUUGAGGAGAUGGAUGAUGCAUAUGAUUUGCAGCAGCUCAUUGAGAAGGAAUGUGUCAAGAAGGACAUUGGAUCUAGGUCCCCGCAAGUCAUUCUACUCAAUUGCAUGAGGGCUGAGUCUUGGGAGAAGACUGAAUCAACUGAAGACACUGUGUUCAUUGGCAAUAACCUCUCUGAAAUGGAACAGAGGCAGUUCGAGAAAAAACUGGAGGAGAUUGAGAAGACCUACAAGAAUGCAGACACAUUCUACGCUUUCAUGAUCAUGAAGAAGAACUUUUCACCCGAGUAUAUACAGGGUGUGGCUCGCAACACCCUAAAGAGCUUCAACAUAAAUCACAAACAUGCACAACUCAUUGCUGUUCUGGUCUUGUUGAAUGUCUACUGCAAGGGUGCAACACUCUCAGUCUCUCUCUGUGAAGAGUUUCUUGGCCUCCAGACCAAGCCAUAUAGUGGGUCCUCUGAUGUUAAGGCUGGAUUUGGGAAGUUUUCCACUCUAGUGACCUGCUGCACAGAGGAGGCUGAGGUUGUAUUUGAGGCAGUGAGAAUGAUCCACUCAAGCAUGGCCGUGCACUGUUUGAAGGAGCUUACAACCACAUACAGUGUAACCAAAGCUGAGAUCACUGAUCUACUGCUCACCACAGACAAGCUUUAUGAGUGCAUACAGGGCAAAAAUAAACUCAUGAAGGAUGUUCACACCAUGUUAGUGAAAAGACAUCACUCAGUCAAGAGUGAAGAUUCUCAGUUUUCACCUCUCAUCCAGGAUAUUGCAAAGGAGACACCAGGUGUUGAAGAAAAUGUUCUAUUCAAUGCAGCCAAGCGCUUUGAAAAAGAUGCUGUCAUCUCUCAGCUUCUUGCCAGAUACCAAUACCUGAAGAAAAGGGAUUUCAGGGAGGCAAAGGACUGGGCAAAGAAUGCAAAAGAUCUUUCCAGAGAUAACUCCUACAUUUCUGACACAUCUGCACAAGUGAUCAAGCAUGAGCUAAAGAGUGAAAUACAAAGUGACAAAGAAGAUCCCAUAAAACCUGAAAGGCUCAAAGGCUAUCUUAGAACGGCCCAGUCAGCAACAGAGGCCUUCAGGGAUACACAGGACAUUGCAAAGAAGGAGGCUACUCUGAGAGUACAAAACAAGAGAGACAACAGCCCUUUCAACACUGCAGGGUGCCUUGGAGAAAUUCAGGUUGCAGUCAUCAUCAUCAAAAUACUGGAAAAAUGCCCAGUGUUUUCUUCAGGCAAUGUCCGUCAUGACAUUCUGAGUGAAGUUCUGUCUGGCAAAAUUACAAUCCAAGAUGUUGCGAGGAAUGAUUCCAGACGUAACAAACAUGCCUCAUAUUACUACAUUCUCAAUGAAUUUGAAGAUCUUCUGUACAACCUUAAAUAUAACAUGAAGAGGCACUUUGAUUUUCUUGACAGCUUUUAUGUCAACUUGGGUCCCAGGUUCACCCUGAAAGACAGUCGAGAGGAAAGAACUCGACAGGAGCUCUUCCAGUGCUUUCAAAGAUACAGUGACCUCUUUUGCAAGACAGAUUCCACAGAACUAAUGAAAAACAAGAACCUGAAAAUCAGCAUCCACAUUCACAAGGCAAGGCAAUUUUUGGAGAGUAGAAAAACUGAUACUCAUUCAGGGAUUCUGGAUUGCCUCUCCAACGAUACCUCAGGUGACAUGAUGCAAAAGAUAGUCCUGCAGUAUGACUUCAUUCUGAGUAAAGAUCCUGAAAGGAACGUUAGAGAAGUGGUCAAUUUCAUCUAUGCCAAUGUUGUGCUAAGCUGUGUCAAACCUGAAUCUCAACACCUUCGCCCGUAUAAGAUCCUCAUUGAUCUUCUUUGCCAGGUUCUUCAAGGUCAAAUCCCAUAUGGUGAAAGUUUAGCAUUGCACUUCAUUGCUGUAGCUCUGCUGUGGCCACAACAUAUCCUCAUGUCACAAACAGUGGCAUCUCCGAAGUUGGGAAGCUAUGUGUCACAGAUGAGAACAUCAUACUGGAAUGAGAUGAAAUCUGUUUUCAAUGGAAAGUUGCCUGUUGUCCAUUUCUUCUUGGGGAAGAAGCCGGGCUAUGCUCGCCUAGUUUGCCUUAGGGAAAUCAUGUGGUGUGUAAGACCAGAAGAAGACUUUGAUUCACUUUGGACAAAUGGCAAAAUAUGGAAGCAUGAGAGAGUCAAGGAGCUCCUUUGCAGAGUGACAGGAGAGGUACAAAGGAGAUUAAUUCUGGCAGAUACCAGGAACGCAGGCUUAAAGAUAGAAGUCAGUGCAAUGUACAAAAGUCAACUCUGUGGAAAAGAGCAGGGAUCAAAAGUAUCAUUUUUCAUUGGGUUCUCGAUGAAGGGCCCACUGGCUUUUGACAUCGAUUGAAGAAGAGCCCAAUUGAUAUGCAGUCAGACAUACACUACCAUUUUUUGUACAUUAAAAUAACAUCAAAUGUAUCAGAAAUACAGUGUAGACAUUGUUAAUGUUGUAAAUUACUAUUGUAGCUGGAAAUGGCAGAUUUGUUAUGGAAUAUCUACAAAGGCGUAGAGGCCCAUUAUCAGCAACCAUCACUCCCGUGUUCCAAUGGCACGUUGUAUUAGCUAAUCCAUGUUUAUCAUUUUAAAAGGCUAAUUGAUCAUUAGAAAACACUUUUGCAAUUAUGUUAGCACCGCUGAAAACUGUUGUUCUCAUUAAAGCAGCAAUAAAACUGGCCUUCUUUAGACUAAUUGAGUAUCUGAAGCAUCAGCAUUUGUGGGUUUGAUUACAGGCUCAAAAUUACCAGAAACAAAGACCUUUGUUCUGAAACUUGUCAGUCUAUUUUUGUUCUGAGAAAUGAAUGCUAUUCCAUGCGAGAAAUUGCCAAGAAACUGAAGAUCUCGUACAAUGCUGUGUACUACUCGCUUCACAGAACAGCGCAAACGGUCUCUAACAGAAUAGAAAGAGGAGUGGGAGGCUCAGGUGCACAACUGAGCAAGAGGACAAGUACCUUCAUGUCUAGUUUGCGCAACAGACGUCUCACAAGUCCUCAAAUGGCAGCUUCAUUAAAUAGUACCCGCAAAACACCAGUCCCAACGUCAACAGUGAAGAGGCGACUCCGGGAUGCUGGCCUUCUAGGCAGAGUUCCUCUGUCCAGUGUCUGUGUGCUUUUGCCCAUUUUAAUCUUUUCUUUUUAUUGGCCAGUCUGAGAUAUGUAUUUUUCUUUGCAACUCUGCCUAGAAGGCCAGCAUCCCGGAGUCGCCUCUUCACUUGACAUUGAGACUGGUGUUUUGCUGGUACUAUUUAAUGAAGCUGCCAGUUGAGGACUUGUGAGGCGUCUAUGUUCACCGACUCAUUAUCACAGGGCUCUCUCCCCCCGAUGCUAACCCAAGCCUCCAUCUCGUAUACUUAAGAAAGAUAAAGAUCCAGCGGAAUGUGGUGGAUAUCGGCCCAUUUCACUUUUGAACGCUGAUGUUAAAUUAUUAGCUAAGGUUCCAGCAUGUCAGUUGGAACCCUGCCUUCAGGAUCUCAUAUCUGAUGAUCAAACGGGUUUCAUUAAAGGGUGACAACUGUU